UAAAAAAGCUAAGCCCUAUGAAAAACCCUAAUCAGGUGGCUGAAUAUAUAAAGCCUUAUCUGAAGCACCUCGUUUGUUUCUCCUUUGUACAAGAGCGGUGAAGGAACAAAGAUGGUGUCACUGAAACUACAGAAGCGUUUGGCGGCGAGUGUACUCAAGUGUGGUAGGGGUAAAGUGUGGCUUGAUCCCAAUGAAGGCAACGAAAUCUCCAUGGCCAACUCCAGGCAAAACAUCAGGAAGUUGGUGAAGGAUGGUUUCAUCAUCAGGAAACCAACCAAAAUUCAUUCACGUUCUCGUGCCCGCAGGAUGAAGGAAGCCAAAAGGAAGGGCCGUCACUCUGGAUAUGGUAAGCGCAAGGGUACCAGGGAAGCUAGGUUGCCAACAAAGGUGCUGUGGAUGAGGAGAAUGAGAGUUCUCAGGCGUUUGCUUCGCAAGUACCGUGAGUCCAAGAAGAUUGACAAGCACAUGUAUCAUGACAUGUACAUGAAGGUGAAGGGUAAUGUUUUUAAGAACAAGCGUGUGCUAAUGGAAAACAUUCACAAAACAAAGGCUGAGAAGGCAAGAGAGAAGACCUUGUCUGAUCAAUUUGAGGCCAGGAGGGCAAAGAACAAAGCAAGCAGGGAAAGAAAGUUUGCUAGGAGGGAGGAACGAUUGGCUCAGGGACCAGGAGAGAAGCCAGUACAACCUGCAGCCCCAGCAGCAGCUUCAGCACCCCCAGCCCAAACUGCACAGGGAGGAUCUAAGAAAUCAAAGAAGUGAGGAUGGCAGACUAUAAGGCGUGUUGGCUCUAUAUCUACUUUUUGUUCGUGUUAUUAUAUGCCAGUUUAGUAACUUUUAUAUAUUCCCUUUUUGGUUCAUGUACUUUAAGAAGGAAUGUUUUAACUGCAUGAAGUUGAAUAGAUGCUUUGGAGUUUUGAUACCUUA